UCAAAGGUUCGGCGUGCCUAUCUCCUCUCACGCCGCUCUCCAUCGAUGGGUGCCAUGGCAAUCUACUCUGAGCCUCUUCUGAUGAGCCUAAGCUGCCACACCGACGAUGACGGCAGCUCCUCCGGCGGGUGCACCAUUGCCUGCUCCUGCUCGGCCGACGCGCGACGGCUGCACUCGUGGGGUGAGAUACUUGCCGGCGGUUGCGGCUGCGGCUGCGGCUGCGGCGGCGGCGUCCCUCGCGGUACUCACGGCAACGGAGGCAGCGGCGACACCGACACGAACCUCAAGCGGUGCGAGAUGGCGCCGGGCUACGUGAGCUUCGAGGACGUCAUCGGCACAGAGGCGUUCCGGGAGGGCAGCGCCGGCCGGCCGCCGGAGGCGGGCAUCAGCGACCAGCUCGUGAGGACGGCGUCACGGCUGUACGCGGGUGAGGUGGCCCAGCCGCGCCACCGGCGCCGCUCGCCGGGACCGCUGGGUACUCGCCGCGGCAGCGCCAUGCACGGGCUCGUCAGGAAGUACGUGAAACCUUGCUUCGGCUUCCUCGCCAGCGCCUUCUGCUGCCUAGGCUAG